AUGAUGAUGAUGCGCCGUGUGAUGUGUGUGUUGGCCGUUGUGCUGUGCUGUGCCUGCGGGUAUACCAUGACGGCUGCUGCUGCUGGAGAAACACUCGAGCUUCUUUCUGCUACUCCUAACAUGGAUGAGUUUCCUCAUAUUCCAAGGGUAACAGAGCCACCAGUGGAUAAAAGUAAGAAUGUACUUACAGGUGAAGCUCUGCUCACCGGCACUGUUGCGAAAAAUGAAGCGGGUGAGGCAGUAGAAAAUCAGGAAUCAUUACUGGGGAAGGUACAUGAAGGAGUUUCAUUAAUUUCGGGAGAGGAAAGAAGACCUGGUGAAAUUUCUACAGGUGCAGAUCCAUCUACUUCAUUACAAAGCUCUAAAGGUCAACAGAGUACACAAGAAGGCACCCAGCAAACACAGGUAUCAGCGUCACAAACAAGAAGCAAAAACGUAUCUGGAGAUGUUGAUUCCACACAAACCGAGUCACCAGGUGAGUCUGCAAAACCCACUGAUGAGAGUAAUGUCAAUGAUAGCAUUACUGCGCAGCAACCGUCUACAGCAAUGGAGAGCACUGUACCCAGUGAUGUUAAUUCCGAUAACGAAUCUACUGUACCUAUAGAUACAACUGCCACAACUGGUUCUCAAGAGAAUGGCAAUGCUGAUUCAACAGCCACCACCAACAUUAACAGCGAAGCACCAACCACCACUCCAUCUCCUCUAACCGACCCACCGAUCAGCAGUAACAUUGCUUCCACUAUGCAGAUGAAGCCUAAUGUUGACAGCAGUGUCAGUCCUGUGUGGAUGCGCACUGCAGCACCGCUACUGAUUGUGAUUGUGUUGUUCUCCGUUACCAUGUACUAA